AUGUCGAAAGAAACAGCGUCUAUGAGAGAAAUACAACACAACCGACAACUCAUUUUGCAAGCUCUAAAUAAGAACACAACAAACUUUUCAAACUAUUCUAAGAUAUCUGAGUCAUUGAAAGAAGGAAACUUAAAACUGACGAUAAACCCAAUGACAGACGAGUUUCUGUUUCAAGACAGUAAGAACCAUACUGUUUGUAUAAAUCCAACAAAAAGAACUUUAAACGAGAAACCUAUAGAUGAACUUCUUUUGAAAGCAGAUAUUGACAACAAAGCUGACAAAGAGUAUGUAGAUGCAACAAGAGACUAUAUUCUCGCAUGGACAGAUAGAACAUACCCACAAAAACAUCAUACACAUAACAUCUAUGACGUAGAUGAACUUCAAGAAAUGUUAGAUGACAAAGCGGAUAAAACAUAUGUUGACAAUAAAAUGUCAAGUGAAGUGACAAGAGCUGACAAAGAAUAUUCUAAAAAGACUCAUACACAUACCAUUGCAAAUAUUACAAACUUACAAGAAACCUUAAACAAGAAAAGUGACGUUGGACAUACACACGAUUUCUUCGCAACUGUUGGUAUAGAAAAUAUUGAAGGAACGGUUGAAGAAACUGGGGAUGUAUUAAAUUGGAAACCUCCUAACUUUCCACAAGGUUUAACAUCGGAGGAUGACAUAACGACGAUGAAAUACAUUAGAUGUAGAAAUGUCUAUGUCAUGGAGGAUGAAAACAAAGUUAAAUUCACUGCUCAAGAUUUAUAUGACAACAAAGCUGACAAAACAUAUGUUAACGAUGAGUUAGAUAAGAAAGCUGACAAAACAUAUGUUAACGAUGAGUUAGAUAAGAAAGCUGACAAAACAGAGCUUCAAACGUUAAAGACAGAAAUACUUCAAACACUAUAUCCUAUAGGUUCUAUUUACACGUCAAUGAACUCUACCAAACCAGAAGUAGUACUUGGUUUUGGAACUUGGACUCAAAUAGUCGACAGGUUUUUGUAUUGUGCAAACUCUUCAAAGGAAACAGGCGGAAGUAAAACGAUUUCAGGUGCAAAUUUACCUGCGCACAGUCACUACAUAAAUUUAAGUACAUCUGAAGCAGGUUUGCAUAGUCAUAGAUUUUGGGAUUGGUCAGGAAUGACAAAAGGUAAAGGAUAUGAUGUUAAAGAGGACGUUAAGUUUGCUAUAAAUUGUUACUGGAGUAACACUGAGGUAGGAGGAAACCAUACACAUCGCGUUUCAGGAUAUACACAAACAACGGGACAAAGUAAAGACUACAUGCCACCUUACAUGACAGUUUACGCAUGGUAUAGAAUUGCUUAG